AUGAAUUGCAAAAACUUACAAACGCACCGAAUCGGCGGUAAAAUGCACUUUAUAUUCAUUUUUGCACUGGUGAUAGUAUCUUUCAAUAAGGCUGUGCUGGGCAAGAAUUUGAAAUACAGGAUUUAUGAGGAGCAGAGAGUUGGAUCAGUAAUUGCAAGACUGUCGGAGGAUGUAGCUGAUGUUUUAUUAAAAAUGCCUAACCCUUCCUCGGUUCGCUUUCGAGCCAUGCAGAGGGGGAAUUCUCCCUUGCUUGUAGUCCGUGAGGAUAACGGAGAAAUCAGCAUAGGAGCUAAAAUUGACCGGGAGCAACUCUGCCAGAAAAACUUAAACUGCUCCAUAGAGUUUGAUGUGAUCACUCUGCCCACUGACCAUCUGCAGCUUUUCCAUGUUGAAGUCGAAGUGCUGGAUAUUAAUGACAACUCUCCCCAGUUUUCCAGAGCUCUUAUCCCUAUCGAAAUAUCAGAGAGCGCAGCGGUAGGAACCCGGAUCCCUUUGGACAGCGCUUUUGAUCCAGAUGUAGGGGACAACUCCCUUCACACUUAUUCCCUUUCCGCAAAUGAUUUUUUCAGUAUUGAGGUGAGAACCAGGACUGACGGUGCUAAGUACGCAGAGCUGAUCGUGGUUAGAGAGCUGGACCGGGAGUUGAAGUCAAGUUACGAACUCCAGCUCACUGCCUCAGAUAAGGGGGUGCCUCAGAAAUCUGGAUCGUCCCUCCUGAAAAUAAGCAUUUCUGAUUCCAAUGACAACAGCCCUGCUUUCGAGCAACAGUCAUAUAUAAUCCAACUGUUAGAGAAUUCGCCGAUUGGGACUUUGCUCAUAGACCUCAAUGCCACUGAUCCAGAUGAGGGCGCUAACGGUAAAGUCGUGUACUCUUUUAGUAGUCAUGUGUCUGCCAAAAUUAUAGAGACUUUUAAGAUCGAUUCAGAAAAAGGACAUCUGACCCUCCUGAAGCAAGUGGACUAUGAAGUAACCAAAUCCUAUGAAAUCGAUGCUCAGGCUCAAGAUUUGGGGCCGAAUUCUAUUCCAGCUCACUGCAAAAUUAUAAUUAAAAUUGUGGAUGUCAAUGACAACAGACCUGAAAUUAACUUAAACCUGAUGUCCCCAGAGAAAGAAGAGGUAGCUUACGUUUCAGAAGGGUCACCCCUGGACACUUUUGUUGCCCUGGUCAGAGUGCAAGACAAGGACUCUGGCGUGAAUGGAGAGAUAGUUUGCAAGCUCCAUGGUCACGGCCACUUUAAACUUCAAAAGACUUAUGAAAAUAACUAUCUAAUCUUGACUAAUGCCACUCUAGAUAGGGAAAAGAGAUCUGAAUACAGCUUGACUGUAAUAGCGGAGGACAAGGGAACGCCAAGUCUCUCCACAGUGAAACACUUUACUGUCCAAAUCAGUGAUGAAAAUGACAACGCACCCCGCUUCCAGACAAACAGAUAUGAAGUUGUUAUCUUGGAAAAUAACUCUCCGGGAGCGUACAUCACAUCAGUCACAGCCACAGACCCAGAUCUAGGCGACAACGGGCAGGUAACCUACACUAUUUUGGAGAGCUAUGUUUUGGGAAGUUCUAUAACCACCUACGUGACCAUCGAUCCUUCCAACGGAGCAAUCUACGCCCUGCGAACGUUUGAUCACGAAGAAGUAAAUCAAAUUGCCUUUAUGGUGCAAGCUAGGGAUGGAGGGAGUCAGCAGCUUGUUAGCAACACCACGGUUGUGCUGACCAUCAUUGACGAGAACGACAACGCUCCCGUCAUUGUGGGGCCAGCGCUACGCAACAGCACAGCAGAAAUCUCAAUCCCUAAAGAUGCUGGCAUUGGCUUUCUUGUCACCAGGAUAAGGGCUACAGAUAGAGACUCUGGUAUGAACUCUGAACUCAGCUGCUCCAUAGCAGCUGACAAGGAAAACAGCAUCUUUGUGAUGGAUCCCAAAACUUGUGACAUCUCUAUUAACGUGAGCGUUGAAUCAGUUCCAGCAAAACAAUGGGAGUUUUUUGUGAUAGUCCAGGAUAAAGGCAGCCCUCAGCUUAGUACUAAAGCACUCCUGAAAUGUACCGUUUUUGAGUAUGUUUAUUCAUUUUCAAGCACAGAAGCAACUUUGGUAAGCCAGCCUUCCCUGGAUGUCUCCAUGAUAACAAUUAUAUCCUUAGGAUCAAUAUGUGCCGUGUUGUUGGUCAUUAUGGUUAUCUUUGCUACGAGAUGUAAUCGAGAGAAAAAGGACACCAGGUCCUACAACUGUCGCGUGGCAGAAUCGACCUACCAGCACCACCCAAAACGACCCUCAAGGCAGAUCCACAAAGGGGACAUUACAUUAGUGCCAACGGUUAAUGGCACUUUACCCAUCAGAUCUCACCACAGAGCUUCGCCGUCAUCCUCGCCGACCCUGGAAAGGGGACAAAUGAGCAGCCGGCAGAGCCACCACAGCCACCAAUCGCUGAACAGCUUGGUGACAAUCUCCUCUAACCACGUGCCCGAAAAUUUCUCGCUGGAACUCACCCAUGCUACGCCGGCUGUUGAGCAGGUUUCUCAGCUUCUCUCGAUGCUUCACCAGGGCCAGUAUCAACCAAGGCCAAGUUUUCGAGGAAACAAGUAUUCCAGAAGCUACAGGUAUGCCCUACAAGAUAUGGAUAAAUUCAGCUUGAAAGACAGUGGCCGGGGUGAUAGUGAAGCUGGAGACAGUGAUUAUGAUUUGGGGAGAGAGUCUCCAAUUGACAGACUUCUUGGGGAAGGAUUCAGUGACCUUUUCCUUACAGAUGGGAGAAUUCCUGCAGCGAUGCGGCUGUGCACGGAGGAGUGCAGGGUUCUGGGGCACUCUGACCAGUGCUGGAUGCCACCGUUGCCCUCUCCCUCCUCUGAUUACAGAAGCAACAUGUUCAUCCCUGGGGAGGAGUUCCAGUCCCCCCAGCAGCAGCUGCAGCUGCCGCCGCAGCAGCAGCAACAGCAGCAGGGCCUCGAGGAAGAUCCACAGCCUGCUGACGCCAGCCAGAAGAAGAAGAGCUUUUCAACAUUUGGUAAAGACUGCCAGAGCGAGGAGGAGUCGGGGGACACCUGUACCUCCUCUCUCCUCUCUGAAAUGAGCAGCGUCUUCCAGCGCCUGCUGCCUCCCUCGCUGGAUGCCUACACGGAGUGCAAUGAGAUGGAUCGCUCCAACUCGUUGGAGCGCAGGAAGGGACAUUUGCCAGCCAAGACUGUAAAUUAUCCACAGGGGGUGGCAGCCUGGGCAGCCAGCACACAUUUCCAAAAUCCUGCCAGCAACGGGCCCACUUUGGGGACUCACUCGAGCGCGCAGCCUUCCUCUAAAUGGCUGCCAGCCAUGGAGGAGAUCCCAGAGAAUUAUGAAGAAGAUGAUUUUGACAAUGUGCUCAACCACCUCAGUGAUGGUAAACACGAACUCAUGGAUGCCAGUGAGCUGGUGGCAGAAAUUAACAAGCUGCUGCAAGAUGUCCGGCAGACCUAAUUGUUUCAAAAGCCUAUUUUUCCAUAUUUAUGGAAAACCGGAAGGGGAAAAAAUAAAGAACAAAAAACAGACUGAGAAGAACUGGCAUUGCCAACUAGUUGCAUUUAUCAUAAAUGUGUCUGUGUAUGUUGAAUAUUAAAAUACUGUAUUUUCAUAUGUACACAAUGCAAGUGUGAUUAUCUUUAUCUGUAUUUUAAAAAUACAUUUGUACCUUAUAUUUAUGUGUAAUUUAACAAAUAAAUUUUAUUUUUGUACACCCACAGCAAGCAUGUUUUCCUAAAUGUAUAUAGAUGGUACCACCCUUGUCAAACUUCCAGCAUUCU